AUGGAUCCUGCAGACGUAGAGCUGAACGUUGAAGUGGGCGACGAGGACCUUUUUAUUGAGUCCAUCUCUACCGGGGUGAAGCGCAAGCGUGACAAUGUGUCCACACAUACGCAGGCACGUCCAGCUGCUGAGAGCAUUGGACCUUCCGCUUGGGACUUGUCUUCUGUUUACUGGAACUCUCUGAACUUUACACCUGCCUCCACAAUUGACGAGUCUCGCCUGACUCGGCUUGGGACCGAAAAUCCUGACCGUUCUCCACCCCCCAAACGUGAACUGCUCGAUGUGAUGCCUCCCCUGGACCUUGACGAGCUACCUGACCCGCCAAGUGAGACCAAUAACUUCAGCUCGCGCGUUUGGGAAUCUCACCGUCCCUCAAGCCUCAACUUCACCAUUUACGAAGACCCGCUGGGUAAGGAGACACCCAGUCCCAGCCCUAUGGAGCAAGGAUUCCAGUAUCUGGAAGAGGACAAAGAGAAUAUCUACCUCACCCAUUCUGAUUUGGGAAGCUCUGGCGAAGAGGAAGAGGAAGACACCAUGCCUAACCUCGCUUGGAAUGAAGCUUCUGCCGGCCCUCGCGAUGCCUUUGGUCUCCCACUCAACCGCGAAAUGUCUGAUUUCGUCUCACCUCGCGACACUCCAUUCCCAGAGCCUCACAUGCGCCGCGGUCGACAGGUGCUGCGAACCCUCUGGGUUGAUGAGACACAAGUCCGCCCGGAAGAUAAUGCUCUGAGCAACGCCCAGAUUCGAGAGAUUGAGGAGACUGAGGCAAUGUACCGACGAGGACGAGCCAGAAACCGGUCUAACCGUUACCAAGUCCGUGAGGAUACCCUAGCUCAGGCUCCUACCGACUUCACCUACGAUGUUCGCCGCGUCCUUUUCCAGCGACACGAGGAUCGUCGCCCUGUGACUCCCGAGCGAAAUGAAGAUAUCCGCCCUGUCACUUCCGAGGAAAGCGAGGAGGAGCCCCAGCAGCAGGAGUCGGAGCAGGAGCAGGAGCCGGAGCAGGAGCAGUAA